GGGGCGUGCUUGGCGCGCACGCGCCGGCCCCGCCCCCCGGCGGCCGCCAUGCCCCGCGAGCUGCCCGCCGCCCCGCCGGACCCGGAGGAGGACUGCGGCCGCGUUGCAGGACCAGCGCUGCCUCCGGACUACAGAAGCAGCAGUAGCUCAGAAAGUCCUGACAGUGAUGACGACUCAGAAUCUCUUCCUCUACCCAGAGAUGCACGUGGAGACUCCGAAGAGGAGCCAGAAGGAGCUUCAAUGCCCAAAAAGCCAAAAAGAAUGGAGGAGAACGAUGAUGAUGAUGGCUUUUUCGGGCCUGCUCUUCCUCCCGGAUUUAAAAAAGAGGAUGAUUCUCCAGAGAGGCCCAUUAUAGGUCCUGCAUUACCACCUGGCUUUAGGAAGUCUUCAGAGGACACCGGGAAUAACAGAUGUUCCCCUGGACCAUCAGCUUCCUCCAAAUUCUGCAAUGAGGUAACAAGUAGCAGCGAGGAAGAAGACAACAUUAUAGGCCCAAUGCCUGCCAAAGGACCAGUGGAGUCUGAUGUGGCUAAAGAAUUUGAACGCAGAGCUCAGAGAAUGAAGGAAAAACUUACUUCAGCAGACAGCGAUGAACCCAAGCAGCUUACCAGGGAAUCAUGGAUGACAGAACUUCCACCGGAACUGAAAAACUUUGGAUUUGGCCCAAGAACAUUCAAGAGAAGAGCUGAUGACAAAUCAGGUGAUAGAUCUAUUUGGACUGAUACUCCAGCUGACAGAGAGAGAAAAGCCAAGGAAAGAGAAGAGACAAAAAAGUCAACCAGUAAGGAUAACGAAGUUGUAUUAUCUGGAAGAGACAAGAGACUUGCUGAGCAGGUGACUUCCUACAAUGAGUCCAAGAGAUCAGAAUCUCUCCUGGACAUGCAUCAGAAAAAAAUGAAGAGCAAAGCGUCAGAAGAGAAGACCAAACCUCAGGAGAGAAGGCCGUUUGACCGAGAGCAGGAUCUCAAAGUCAAUCGAUUCGAUGAAGCGCAAAAAAAGGCCCUUAUAAGAAAAUCGCGGGAUCUGAAUAGUAAAUUUGAGCACAGUAAAGGCAAUAUGUUUUUAUAAGAUAAAAGCGUGAAGCUUUUUGGAAGUCAGUUAAAAUUUGAAUGCUUAAUUUUUUAAGUAUUUUUCUGUAAAUAUUUGUACGCAGAAUAAAUAUCCUGAUGUUUAACUAGUAUUACUUGUCUGUAAAUACUCUACUAUGGAGGACCAUCUGUACUAAAGCUAAACUGAUAAAGGAAAGUGCUGGUUUU